AUGAUCAGUGUAGUGUUUGUGCAAUUUCGCCACUUCGAAACCUCAUCAAUCGAUCAGUCGAUUUUCAACUGUUUUGAGUUAAACUCUGUACAGAGUGUACAAAUCUUAGACUCGCGUGCAUUGCUUCAAAUUAUUGUGCCCAGCAGUUUCACCAUUAAAAAGCUUGAGGUGAGAAAAACAAGGCUUCACUGGAUACACUUCCAGCCAAACGACGCCAUUACGGAGUUGAUGAUCAUGUACAGUAGCCUGGGACAGGUACCACCAUCGCUUAAGGGCUUGAAGAAUUUAAUCACCUUGCAACUGCUACAUUCCCACAUUCAGCAUCUUAAUCUAGAUUUAAUACAGUGGUGUCAUUCGUUAGAUUCGCUAGAUCUUACAUACAACAAUAUUCACACGAUCACGAGCACUAUAAACAGUGGACACAAGCGAAACCUCUUCCAGCUAAACGUAAGUCAUAAUAAGCUCAGAAUCUUAAACCUCGAGCUACUUGCGCCUCUCGGUUGGUUUAACUACGUUAAUCUCUCACACAACGCCAUAGAAUUGCUGGUUGGACGAUUCUCUAGCGCUCAUCUUUAUAAAUUAAUGCUUUCCAACAAUCGCUUUAAAACGCUCGACUUUUGUCAAUGGCAAACGAUCCCAAGUCUCCAAGUACUAUAUCUCAAUUCGAACGAACUUACGCGGAUACCGAACUGUAUGCAUCAUCUACCCUUCGUCAACUACCUGAACUUCAGCAACAAUAAGCUUAGGAACGUAAACAUGGACGUAUUUGGAGGUAUGGACGGUUUGGUGUCUUUGGAUGUGUCAGCAAAUCAAAUUUCUUUUAUUGUCUUCCGAGAGGACAAACAUCCCAAACGUCUAGAGCGACUGAUGUUGAGCAGAAACAAAAUAGAUUGUAGACAUGUAACAGAAUUUCCCUUUUGCCCGCUGGACAUUGAGUUCCAAGCGACUAAUGAUCAGAGUUCCUGGGCGCGUAACGACAAUAAGCUUAAAAAACAACUAAUAAUAGUCACUUAG